CAAGUUGUCUGUCUGGAUUCAUCUGUCAGUCAUUUACAUAAACAAGAUGAUGCAAAAUGUGAACUUUGACAUACUCAAGCAGAAGUUCCAGCAUGAAUUACACAAUGCUGUACAGCUGAGAAGAUCACCAGGGGAAGUGUGUUUUCCAGGAGGUAAAAGGGAGGCCACAGAUAAAGAUGACGUUGACACUGCUCUCCGAGAAGCUAAAGAAGAAGUGGGUCUCCAGCCAGAGCAGGUGGAAGUCAUCUGUAAGCUGAUGCCUGGACUUGAUAACAUGAAUAACUUGGUGACACCAGUUGUAGGAUUUAUAGAGGAUACAUUCCAGGUCACUCCUAACCCAGAUGAAGUGAGCGAGGUUUUUGUUGUGCCUUUGGAGUACUUUGUCAAGCCCUUAAAGUACAAGACCUUCUCUUAUAAAACCUCCUCAGGUUACUCAACUCGCAUACACUGCUUUAUCUACGAUGACCAGGAACAGAGAAAGUCAUUCAAGAUAUGGGGACUGACUGCCCACUUUGCUCUAUUUCUUGCUCUUGUAAUUUUUGGAGAGAGACCUACCUUUGAAGUGGAUUAUGAUCUUGACAACUUACUUUCAUCCUCUGAGAGCUACUUCAUUAAUUUGUACGCAUCUGUACAUGAAAGAAAGAAGAGUAAUCUGUGACAACUUGGUCUGGCCAUUAAUUUACUUUGAAAGGGGAAAAAGGAGGUUGGUUUAUUUUCUUUGUACCUAUUUUUUGAAAGCUACUCUUGAAUUUCUUUGGCCUUGGGAACUUUAGGUUGCCAAUCCCUAACUAGAUUCCUACAGUUUUUAACCUAAGAGUGAGAAGCACACAAUAUUUUUGUGAAACAGACUUUGCAAAGGUCUGUUUCAGGUCCUUCUCAGUUUCGGUGCCUUUGUUCUGUCUGAUCAGAGAUACUUUCUGUGCUUUGCUUUAUCUAUAAUGAGAUAACACUGUUUGAUGGAAUUUGGGUCUGUUUGAGUUAACCUAUGACAGCUUUUGGGGGUCUGCCUGCCUCUUACACGUGCCCUACAUGGACAGCGUGAUCCAUACAGUCUUGUGUGGUAUCUUUGAGCACUUCCAGAAUGCACAAUAAAAAUACAAAAGGUUUCAGGUGCUUUCACAA